AUGCAGCCCGCGCUGGCUCCAGCGCCGCAUCCAAGCAUGCAGACAUCUGCUCAGGACCAUGCGGACCAGGUGCUCCAUGACCAGCUCCUCGCUGCGCAGCACCACCUGCAGGGCUCGACCCGUCCGCAGGGAGGUCCUGGCCAACAACAGCAUCUCCAGCCGAAUACUGCCAGCCCGCGCGACCAAGCCAACAUCGACCCGGCCAUCUCGGGCGCUGCCAUGCUAAGCGCAGCCCCGCAAACACCCACCCAGCCGCAGUCAUCGCCCGAUGAUACACCCAAGUCGUAUGGAAAGAGGGAGCUAUCGACAUCCAAGCGUGCUGCUCAGAACCGGGCUGCACAGCGCGCGUUUCGCCAACGGAAGGAAACGUACAUUCGCAAGCUCGAAGAGGAGGUCAAGAGCCUCGAGCCUCUCAAGGAACAAGUCAAACAGUUGAUCGGCGAGAACUACCAGCUGCGCGAGUAUAUAAUCAACCUGCAAUCCCGGCUUCUCGAAGCUCAAGGUGAAGUUCCCGAACUGCCGGGCAACAUCGACCUGAGCCAGCCGCGCACCGAGAUGGCACUCGCCUCCGGUGGCGCUCCAGCCGGUCCCUCGGGUGCUGUGCCUACCGGCGCGGCUCCCCAGCAGCAACAUCAGGGUGCUGCCACGGAUGACAUGAACUCGCUGAACCGCAUUGCCGUCGCCGGCCUGGGGAUGCGCAAACACCCUGACGAGGCUAACUUCAUGGGUAAUAGCUUCCAGCAGCACAAGCGGCUACGCUCAGAUGACGCCCAGAGCGAGGCGGAUGUAACUGUCACCAAGCAGGAGGCCUCACACGGUCUACCAAUGGCUUGA